UGUUCCUGUCGUGUCGAGUGAACAUGGCGCCUUUCGUGUGUUCGGUUGUUCCUUGUGAUAAUUGAUUUCAACCUGAAAUACAUUCUACAGAGAGAUCAGUGUCAUAUCCAGAUCCACUGAUACUUGUAUGUCAGGAUGGCUUCGGGUAGUGGGGAAAAUGCAAGCGUGAGGACGAGGGUGGCUUCACAGUUCUUCGCCGGGGAAGAAGAUGCUGCUAUUGACAUGACCACUAGUGAAAAGGUUGUGGAUCUGUUGAACCAAGCUGCACUGAUAUCAACUGAGAACAAGCUUACAGUUUUGAAGCAGGUGCAGGAACUGAUAAUUAAUAAAGACCCUUCACUUCUCGACAAUUUUUUAGAUGAAAUCAUAGCUUUCCAGACUGAUAAAUCGAUGGAAGUUCGGAAAUUUGUAAUCGGAUUCAUUGAGGAGGCCUGUAAGAGGGAUAAUGAGCUGCUGCUGAAGCUGAUUGCCAACUUGAACAUGCUACUGAAAGAUGAGAGUGUCAACGUGGUGAAGAAGGCCAUCCUUACCCUCACGCAGCUCUAUAAAGUGGCCUUGCAGUGGCUGGUGCGCUCCAAGGUGGUGUCUGACAUGCAGGAGGCCUGCUGGGACAUGGUGACGCAGAUGAAAGGGGAUGUGCUGGCCCUCUUGGACUCCGAUAACGACGGCGUGCGCACCCAUGCCAUCAAAUUUACGGAGUCGCUCAUCAUCACACUGUCCUCUCGGACGGCAGACUCCGAUACGCCUCGUCGUCAGGAGGGCGACAUCAGUCUGGACAAGAUACCAAAAGAUCAUUCGUAUAUCCGCUCUGAAACACUGUGUGAGGAGGGAAAGUCGGCCUUAGAACAGCUUCUGAAGUUCAUGGUGCACCCUGCGAUUUCCAGCAUUAAUCUGACCACCGCCCUGGGCUCCCUGGCCACUGUGGCCCGGCAGCGGCCCAUGUUCAUGUCGGAUGUGGUGCAGGCCUACGAGACUCUCCACGCCAACCUGCCUCCGACGCUGGCCAAGUCGCAAGUGAGCAGCGUGCGCAAGAACCUGAAGCUGCACUUGGUGUCCGUCCUGCGACACCCCUGCAGCCUGGAGUUCCAGGGUCAGAUCAGCACGCUGCUGCUGGACCUGGGCAUGACACAGGGCGACAUCACCCGCUGCACACCGGCCCCGCGCGACGUACGCAAGCGUGCCCGGCAUGACGCCUAUACAGAGGGCAAGAAGAUCAAGAUGGAGCCCAAUCUCAUAGAAGAUGACGAAGAUAAAGAGGACCCCCCACCAGUGUCAUCCCCAAAGCCGUCGCUGGUCCCAGGAUCCCAGUCUGCCAUCGACCUUACUGCCGACUUCCUGCUCCCGCUGCUAACUCCGGAGAACGUCGCCAACCUGGUGCUGAUCAGCAUGGUGUACCUUCCUGAUGCCAUGCCAGCCUCGUUCCAGGCCACCUACACGCCUGUAGAAUCCGCCGGCACCGAUGCUCAGAUUAAGCACCUGGGCAGGCUCAUGGCGACCCAGAUGACCUCAGCCGGAAUUGGGCCCGGGCUGGAGCAGUGCAAGGCGAGAGAUGAAGAGAUGAAGGAGGGGGCAGAGGAAGAGGGUGGCCCUGAAUCUUCAUCAAGCGCCAGGGACCUUUUGAUCAAGCGCAAGGUGUCCGCCGUGUCCUUGGGACAGGCGAUCUCCGUGCUGGGGGCUUAUGGGGGCAAGAACCAGCCCAGCGAUGUGGAGGAAGCUCCCCAAGUUAAGAGACUACCUGAGCCAAUCCUGCCCUCCACACAGACCAAAGCUCCUGGCACAACUGGACGGAAGAAGGUGUUCAGAUUGGCCGACGUGAUUCAGCCUCUCAAUGAUGUCCAGGUGGAUAAGCUGACCAACAUGGCAGUCAAGCGCAUCCUUCAAGCUGAAAAAGCCAUCGCUUGCAGUGGGAUGGCCCAUGUACGGGUGAAGCUGCUGUCCAGGCUGGUGACCCAGUUUGAUGGCGCGAUGAAGGAGGACGUGCUGCAGUUCAUCUUGGAGGACAUGCGUAGCCGCAGCGACCUGGCCUUCUCGCUCCUUUACCAGGAGUAUAACGGCUACCUCAGCCAGCUGCCCGCCGGCUCCCUGGACACCUAUGACCACUGUCUCAUCACUCUGCUGUCAGGCCUGCAAGAGAAGCCUGAGCAGAGGGACGGGCUGUUUACGAAGCUGGUGCUGGAGGCUCCCUUAAUCACCGAAUCCGCCCUUGAAGUCAUCCGGCGCUACUGUGAGGACGAGUCACGGGUGUAUCUGGGCAUGACCACACUGAAGGAGCUCAUCAUGAAGCGACCCUCCAGGCAGUUCCAGUACCUGCAUGUCCUGCUGGACCUCAGCUCCCAUGAGAAGGAAAAGGUGCGAUCCAACGCUCUGACCUUCAUCAAGCGCAUGUACGAGAGGGACCAGCUGAGGGACUACAUCGAAAAGUUUGCGCUGAACUACAUGCAGCUCCUCGUCCACCCUAACCCCCCAUCCCUACUCUUUGGGGCAGAUAAGGACACAGAGGUCGCCUCUCCCUGGACUGAGGAGACUGUCAGGCAGUGUCUGUACCUGUACCUCUCUCUCCUGCCGCUGAACCACCGGCUGGUCCACGAGCUGGCGUCCGUGUACACCGAGGCCAUUGCUGAUAUCAAACGCACCGUGCUCCGCGUCAUCGAGCAGCCCAUACGGGGAAUGGGGAUGAGCUCUCCAGAUUUGCUGCUGCUGGUGGAGAAUUGCCCCAAGGGGGCGGAGACACUGGUCACACGGUGUUUGCACAUCUUGACUGAUAAAGUACCUCCUUCUCCAGAGCUGGUGGAGAGGGUGAGGGACCUGUACCACAAACGGGUUCCAGAUGUCCGCUUUCUCAUCCCUGUUAUCAAUGGCCUGGAGAAGAAAGAGGUGAUCCAGGCCCUGCCAAAGCUUAUUAAACUCAACCCCAUUGUUGUGAAGGAGGUGUUCAAUCGUCUGCUUGGCACACAGCACAGUGAAGGCAGUUCCUCCAUGUCUCCCCUCACUCCGGGCGAGCUUCUCAUCUCUCUGCACAAUAUUGACUCCACCAAGUGCGACAUGAAGUCCAUCAUCAAAGCCACCAAUCUCUGCUUUGGGGAGAAGAACGUGUACACGUCCGAGGUGCUAGCUGUGGUGAUGCAGCAGCUGAUGGAGCAGAAUCCCCUUCCCAUGCUGUUGAUGCGCACCGUCAUCCAGUCGCUCACCAUGUACCCGCGGCUGGGCGGCUUCGUCAUGAACAUCCUGUCCCGCCUCAUUCAGAAGCAGGUGUGGAAGUACCCCAAAGUGUGGGAAGGAUUUGUGAAGUGCUGCCAGCGCACGAAGCCGCAGUCCUUCAACGUGCUGCUGCAGCUCCCCCCCGCGCAGCUCUCCAGCGUCUUCGAGCGCUGCCCCGAGAUGAGGGAGCCCUUGCUUCAGCACGUUCACUCCUUCACCCCCCACCAGCAAGCCCAUAUCCCGUCCUCCAUCAUGGUGGUCCUGGAGGCCAGUGUCAAGCAGGAGAUCCAGCCAUUGGCAGCUGUGGAUCAAGAGAUGGAGCCUCCAGUUCCAGUUCCUGUGCCAGUAGUGUUACCAGAAGCUCUAACUGUGUCACAGCAAGACAUGGAUUCACAGAACCAGCAGUAUCCAGUGAAUGAGGAAGAGGAGUUGGAGCCAAUGGAGGAAGGCGAGCCUGUUUUGGCCACUGAGGAUAAUCUGGCAAAUGUUGUUCCACAGGGGGAAAGCCUCAUGCCGGAGAGCUCUGUACCUACGACUGUGGAGGAGGCGGAUGAGCAGAUGGAAGGAGCCGUCAUGGAGCCAGCUGAUGGAGUCGAUCAGGCCAAAGAAGUCCUGGAGGACACCAGUGCAGAGGCAGAGACUGAUCCUGGGGACACCGAAUGAAAAAUGAGAAAUGCUGGAAUGCGCUCAAGUUGAAUGAUCUUUUUCAGUUACAGUGUUUUGAGCUGUAGAUCGGGGCUUGCGGACCUGGGUCCCUUAAAGCACAGGAAUGGUACUUACCAUUUCAGGAAGAACUGACAAAUCCAAGCUGGAUCGUACUCUAGUUUUAUAUGUGUUAUAUGUUUAGAGGGCAAUUUAUGUUUUUCUUACGUUUCCCUGUAAAAUUUCUAUCAUUAUGGGGAUAAAAUAAAUGAAUUUGUACAUGUUGAAUUCACUUCUAAUUAAUUUCUUUUAGAAACCCAAACAAAAAAUGAUGAAUCAUAAUGUCAGUAAAGUAGUUUAUUGCAAAAUAUAAACUUGAAGUAAAACCAUUGGAAUUAAA